GGCUGCUAGAGCCGGGCCUCCGCCUGAGGCGCUCCGCCAGGCCCCGCCUGCACGGCGGGCGGCGGGGCGGUGCCGGCCCGGCUCCGGCGAGGGAUGGCGGCAGCGAGGAGGGCCCGGGCGGGGGAUCCCCGCGCUGGUUUCAGGCAGCCGGCGGCGGAUCCGGGACCCGCCGUGCCGCAGGGGCUGAUCCGGGCGGCUCGGAAGAGCGGGCAGUUAAACCUGUCGGGCCGGAGCCUCAGCGAGGUGCCUCAACAUGUAUGGCGGAUAAAUUUGGAUACUCCAGAGGAAGCUCAUCAGAAUCUCUCCUUUGGCGCUGCGGAUCGCUGGUGGGAGCAGACAGAUCUGACCAAGCUGAUACUCGCCUCAAACAAACUGCAGUGUCUUUCAGAGGAUGUCAAACUUCUGCCUGCGCUCACCGUGCUGGAUGUGCACGAUAAUCAGCUAACAUCUCUUCCUUCUGCUUUAGGACAAUUAGAAAAUCUUCAGAAACUUGAUGUCAGCCACAAUAAACUGAAAAGCAUCCCAGAAGAGCUGCUGCAGUUGUCGCGUUUGAAGAGCCUUCUUCUUCAUUACAAUGAGCUGAGCCACUUGCCCGAUGGAUUUGGACAGCUUGUCAAUUUAGAAGAAUUAGAUCUGUCCAACAAUCAUCUCACAGACAUUCCAACAAGUUUUGCUUUGCUCAUUAACUUAGUGCGACUCAAUUUGGCUUGUAAUCAACUCAAGAACCUGCCUGCAGAUAUCAGUGCAAUGAAAAGCUUAAGACACCUGGAUUGCACUAAGAACUACCUGGAAACUGUACCUUCUAAAUUAGCGACUAUGGCAUCUUUGGAACAACUUUAUCUGAGAAAAAAUAAAUUGCGUUCCCUACCAGAUUUUCCCUCAUGCAAAUUACUGAAGGAAUUACAUGCUGGUGAAAAUCAGAUCGAAAUAUUAAAUGCAGAGAAUCUGAAGCAUCUGAAUUCCCUCUCUGUAUUGGAACUUAGAGACAACAAGAUAAAAUCAGUUCCUGAUGAAAUUACUUUGCUUCAGAAGUUGGAGAGACUUGACCUCGCCAACAAUGAUAUCAGUAGAUUGCCUUAUACAUUGGGGAAUCUUCCUCAGUUGAAAUUCCUGGCAUUAGAGGGAAAUCCUUUGAGAACCAUUCGAAGAGACCUUCUGCAAAAAGGCACCCAGGAACUUCUGAAAUACCUAAGAAGCAAAAUCCAAGAUGAUGUAACCAGCCCAAAUGAAGAGCCUCCUGUGACAGCCAUGACUCUUCCAAGUGAGUCAAGGAUUAACAUGCACGCCAUAACCUCACUAAAAUUAUUGGAAUAUAGUGAGAAACAGGCAGCUGUGAUUCCUGAUGACAUGUUUAAUGCGGUCAGAAGCAAUCCUGUUGCCACUGUCAACUUCAGCAAAAAUCAGCUGAAGGAAGUUCCUCCAAGGAUUGUGGAGCUGAAAGACUCAGUCUGUGAUGUCAACCUUGGCUUCAAUAAAAUCUCAUCUAUUUCCUUGGAGCUUUGCAUGCUCCAUAAAUUGACACAUUUGGAUAUCAGAAAUAAUUUUUUGACAUCUUUACCUGAAGAAAUGGAGGCACUGACAAGACUGCAAAUAAUAAAUCUUUCUUUUAAUAGGUUUAAAGUAUUUCCCAGCGUCCUUUAUCGCAUCCUAGCACUGGAGACGAUCCUGCUCAGUAACAAUCAGGUUGGGUCUGUAGACCCACUGCAGCUAAAGAAGAUGGAGAACCUUGGAACGCUGGACCUUCAGAACAAUGACCUCCUCCAGGUGCCACCAGAACUUGGGAACUGUGAAACUCUGAGGACACUUCUGUUAGAAGGAAAUCCGUUCCGCACUCCCCGGGCGGCCGUUCUGGCCAAGGGCACAGCCGCAGUGCUGGAGUAUCUGAGGAGCCGAAUCCCUGCUUGAUGCCCCGGGCUGUGUCCUUGCAGGCCCAGGAGCAGCGUUACCCGACCGAGGGGUUCCCCACCUUCCUCCUGGUUCGUCAGCUGUUGGCUAACCUGGCCCGUCCAGCAAAGCAUGCGUACUACUGUUUGUAGUUCACACGUCAGGAACGAACUCCCCUAUGAAAUGUUUCCCCUCGAGGUUGCAUGUUUCGAGAGUGCAUUUAAGAUGCCACUAUACAUGUUUACACUUUUUGUAGUAAAGAAUGCUGUUGACAGCCGCCUUCGGUAAUAGUGACAACGUUUUUUCUACAGUUAAGCUAAUUUUUAAAAGCGUUGUCAGCACCACAGUAUUUGAGCAAAAGGCAGAACUAGCACUGAUUUUUGUAGCCUGUUCUGUGAUCUGUCGGCUACGUGGUCUCUUCACUGCUGCCUCAGAAAAUGGGCUCUGCUCGGUGUGCGAUGACACGCUCGGGCCCUGAACUGUGCUCUGCUGCGGCGAGGGCUGGGUACGAGCUGUACCGCAGGCUGCACGUCGCACGUAAAGGGAAGUGGGCUUGCUGUUAGUGGCUGCGCUGACACAAUAAAUGUUUCCUGUUGGA